AUGAGGUGGACGCCGCUGCUCUUGCUGCUGGGCGCGCUGGCCCUGGGCGCCGCGGGCUCCCCCGUUUCGGCGCCGGCGACGCGCGACGACGGCGCGCCAGCGGCCCCGCAGCCCGACCCGGGGCGCCGGGCGGCGGAGUCCCCGGGCGCGGGGCAGGCGCGCCAGGCCGCCGCCCCCGCCGCCUCGGACGACGACGAUGACGAUGAUGACGACGAUGACGUGGACCUGGAUCUGGAAGACGACGACGACGAUGACGACGAAGACGAUGACGAUGAAGACACGGCCGAUGAUGACGACGACGACGACGAGGAUUACUUCGAGAGGUUCUUCGACGACAUCCUCGGAGACGACGACGACGAGGAGGACGACAGCCCGAGCGUAGCGGCAGUCCUGCCUGUGGCGGCGGCGCCGGUGGCAGCGGCCCCCGUGCCCGUGGCGGCGGCGGCGGACCAGGCCCAGGCCCAGGCGGCGACGUCUCCGGCGGCCGUCAGACCAGGUAGCGCCCUGCCCGACGACAUCGACCCCGCCGACUACGACCAGUCGCCCGCCUACGACGAGGGCGAGCCGGCGGCGGAGGAGCAGGCGGCCAACACGCCCGUCACCAUCGACCUGACCUCCGCCCCCGACCAGGGCCUCAAGGACAAGCCCCAGGCGGCGCCCGCCCCGGCGCCCACCCCCGCCGCUGUCGUGGCAGCGGCGCCCGCAGCCGCCUCCAGCACCGCCGACGACGACGACGACGAUGACGACGACGAGGACGACUUCGACGUGGACCUGACCGACGACGACGACGAAGACGAGGAUGAGGACGAGGACGAAGAUGACGACGACGACGACGACGACGAUGAAGACGAUCUGGAGGAUGUCGUCGGGGACACCGACAUAGAUGCCAAGAGAUCGCAGAGAUCACGCGCCAUGACGGCGGGCAAGCCCGGCGCGGUGCCGCCCGUCUACAUCUCCAAGUACAAUCGCUUCGUGGACAACGUGCUGGGGAGGAUCAACCGCGUGCUCAAGAAGAACUACGACCCGGUGAACGUGCGGCUGCACCCGCCCUCCGACUCCAAGAACAACAACAAGAACAGCAACAAGAACAAGAAGAAGGGAAACAAGAAGAAGACCGGUGGCAUCAAGUCCCGCGAGGGAGAGACGCCGGCACCAGCGACGAAUGGCAGUGCAGUAGCUGCCAUGCAGAGGAACGCCACAGAGGCACUGGCGGCGGCGGUGGCAGCAGUGUCGGAGCAGCUGGCUGGUGCCCAGAGGCCCUCACAGCGUCUGGUGCCUGUGCAUACUGUGCAGAAGAGAGGUCGUGCCAACAAAAACAACGACAACAACAAGAACAAGAAGAGGACGUCCAACAGGACGCGGCCAGGCGCCAAGGCCACCCUGUACGGCUUGUCCUCGCUCAAGAGGGAUGGUGACGUCACCGUCAACAUGAUGAGCUCACACAACACCAUCAAGACCAAGUUCACCAUCGGCCCGCUCAUGCUCAAGGUGGAGAAGGAGUUCGGCCGUGGCGCCAAGAAGGACAUCCGCAGCGCCACAGCCACCACCACGGAGAUGUCUGGGAGAAUGAACCUAAGGGUGGUGCACGGUGGGGCGGCCACGCUACACUCCAUCCGUGUCAUGCAGCCCAGACAGGUGCGGGUGGAGAGCAUGGAUGACCACGACAAGACGCGGGAGUACAUCUGGCGUCGCUCCAGCAACAUCGCGCGGGUCGUGUCCCAGAAGCUGACCAACGCGACGCGGUCCAUGCUGCAGCCGCCACCGGUCACUACCAACUUCAUGUCCGCGAUAUUCUCGUGACCCGUCACCGUCCUCCUAAGUCUGUUUAUUUAUUCGUUAUUUAUUGUGUGCUAUAUUUAUUUAAUACAA